GCCCUUUCAAAAUCUAAAAAUGUUACGAUUAAUUUUUGUUACUAAUUUGCAGUAUUUCACCUGCAUUUCAAGUAUUCGAUAAAAAAUGCGAUGAUUAAAGUACUCUAGAACCUGUGGCAGCCAUGAAAUCUACUAAAGAGCUGGCGAGGGAACUUGGUCUGCUGAGAAAACGUUCUUCCUCAAGUCAUCCAGAUGCAAGAUGGAAAAGGCUAAAAACAAAAUGUCAGAUCUUUUCCUAUUUGAUUGUCAUCGAUUUUGAGUCAACUUGCUGGGAAAAUACAAGAAACACACCUCAGGAGAUUAUUGAAUUUCCCGCUGUUUUGUUGAACACUGCCACUGGUCAAAUCGAAGAUGAAUUCCAUACCUACGUUUUGCCUCACGAACAUCCAAUUCUCAGUGAGUUCUGUAGGACGCUCACUGGAAUAUCUCAGGAGAAAGUGGACAAUGGUAUCCCACUUAAUAUCUGCCUCAGUAAAUUUAACCGUUGGUUAAACCGCCUGUCCGAGGAGAAGAAGAUUAAGUAUAACACUGGAGAAGAGGGGUCUCUGCUUUGCACAUUUGCUACAUGGUCAGAUUGGGAUUUUGGUGUUUGCUUGUUCUACGAGUGUCGAAGGAAACAGCUAAGGAAGCCAGCAGCUCUGAACAGUUGGUUGGAUCUGCGUGCAACAUACAGGAAAUUCUAUGAAAGAAGACCCAAUGGACUGAAUGGAGCCUUGAAAGACCUUGGAAUUAAGUUCGAAGGGAGGGAACAUUCAGGACUUGACGAUGCCAGGAACACGGCCCGACUUGCGUGGCGAAUGAUCAAGGAUGGCUGCAUCAUGACGGUCACUAAAUCGCUUGAUGGGAAGCAUGCUAAAGCAGCACCCAGUUUGGUCCGAACCUUUCAAGCCUGCACUUCUUCAAACGUUAACGUUAUGACGGAUCUGCACUCUACUGACAUGGCAAACAGUAACAGUAACAAGCCUAACCAAUCUUCACACUCUGCUUCCUUGACCAGACCUCCAAGUGAAAGGAAUACCCCUAUUUCGGUGGAAAAUUCAGCAAGCGGACCCCAAGUUUCGAAACAAUUUGAAAUGAACAUCAAUGUUAGCACUGGGAAAGAGGACAUUGUACUCGUAGACAAGAAGGACAUUCUGUUGAAUUCGAGCAGGAUGGUUGAACCUUAUGAGGAGUCUGAGUGUGACAUGCAACCCGGCAUUUUAGAAUUAGGCAUGUGUGAGGAUGAAGACGAUGUCACAAUCUACAAGGACAAAAACCACUUUGAGGAAACGACUGUUUUGCAGAAAUGUGAUAGAAAAGAAAAUAGGGAUACUCAUAAAGGAAAUAGCUGUGAUAAGAAAUUAGAUGGCAAUCAACAAAAUGCAGACAUUUCUGGGAAACUCGUUUGUGAUUCAGGGAAAAUCUCAAUGCCUGCUUCAAUAGGGACAAAAAUUGUGCAGCAACAAAAGUUCAAGAUUCUUUCUGAUGGUGGUCUGUCUCGUAAAGUAGGAGGUAACCUUACUGAAAAACAUUCAAGUACUCCGGUUGUGCCCAUGGUUCUCAAAGACAAAAAGAAUAUAUUUACUCCCAGAAUUGGUGAGGGUUCAAAGAAAGUGCAGUCAAGCUUGCUCGGUAAAUCAGAUCAGUAUUGUCAUUUCAAAACAUCUACAAACACAGUACCUGGUUCAGUGUGUGGAGCUGUAAAAAGUGGCUUCAAAACUCCUUUCACUGCCCAGCGGGUUAGUGACAUGAAAGUGACGCCACCCCUGUGUAAAUGUGGUCGGCGGUCGAAACGUCGCGUUGCCCAGACUCCUGGUCCUAACCAAGGCAGGGGGUUCUUCUCAUGUCCUCAUGGGAGUGCUGGGAAGAACAAAGGUUGUGGUUACUUCCUUUGGGAGUCUGUCUAUCUGCAGAACCGGUCUCCCCAACUUUUUGCUAGUCCAUUCUCUUAUGCUGCUAGGGUGAGUGGGGCAUCUCCAGAACUUGACUCGGUCACCCAGAAGUUGAGUUUCAGUAGGCCUGUUGGAUUAGAUAGCUCCAGGAAAAGUUUAGGGGUUCGACCUGGUUUACAUGCCAACAAAAGGAUCUGAAUGAACUUGCUCUGAUGGGAAGAAUGGUGCAACUGCAAAUCAUUUGCAUUGGUUGACGCAAGAAUGUGGUCAACUGUGACGUAGUAUGUAUAAAGACUUGGGACUUUAUGAACGUCAUAUAUACAUACUUGAUUUUACUGAUGUAGUAAAGAUACAUGUAACUGUUUUCAUAUCAUUACGAGAAAGAUUCUUCUGAUA